UAGAGGUGUGUGAGGGGCGUCUGGUGACUCAGAGAGGGUAUAGCCCAGAGGACAUUGGUGCUGUGGCAGAGCUCAGAGCAACACUGGAGAGACACGGAGCCUUCGGAUUGGACAGGCGGGACCUGGUGACAUCACACACACACCUGGCCGACCCGAGAGACGGACGUACCAGAGGUCUGCAGCGGUACAUACAGGACUUGCUGGAGGAAGAGCUGGUGUUGGAGGUGGGAGGGAGCUCAGUGCGUCUGGUGUUACUGAGUCACGCUGAGCCCUGGCUACUGACCUCCACAGAGAAGCAGAGAGACCGGCCACACCAAGCCCAGCGAGGAGCCUCUGCCUUUGGGGACAGAAAGCACCACAACCCCUCCUCCGCAAGAGAAGAAUGGUGGCCCCCAGAGAGCAGGAACCACGUAGUAAGAGAGGCAGAAGAGAAACGCUGAUGGAGGAAGAGGAGGUUGAGAAGAGGGAGGAGACACCGGAGGAGGAGGAGGUUGAGAAGAGGGAGGAGACACCGGAGGAGGAGGAGAAGAUGCAGCCUGAAGAGAAAGACAGGAACGAGACUGCAGAGGAGAGAUGGAUGAAGAGGAGAGAGGAGGAGGAAGAGAAAGAAGAAGAGAGGGUACAAGAGGAACCAUCAUCUACCAUUGAGACAGAACAGAGCACAGAGGGCGACGGCGAGAAGCCAUUUUCAUCUCUAGCUGAGGAAGAGGAUGGUGAAGCUAGCGGUCUGCCCGAGGAAGAGGAUGGUGAAGCUAGCGGACUGCGCGAGGAAGAGGACGACAGCGGCGGCGUGUGUGACGUGUCGUUCGUCAGUCGUCCGUGGCGUAUCGUGGACGGCAGUCUGAACAGGCCGGUGUGCAAAGGCAUGCUGGACGCUGUCCUUUACCACAUCAUGACCCGGCCCGGUUUACCAGAACACGUCUUACUGGAACACUACAGAGGGGUCUUGCAGCCAGUGGUGGUACUGGACCUCGUGCAGGCCCUCGUUGAGUUGGGCUGUAUCAAGAAGAAGUACGUGACCAGACGUCCCAAACCCUCCCUCUUCUCCCGCCCAGCCGCCGUCCUCAUGGUGGGGGAGGAGAGAGAGGGAGAGACGGGGGUGAGGCUGGAGGAGACGGGGGUAAGGCUGGAGGAGACGGGGGUAAGACCGGCUGAGACGACCACUGUGUUCUAUGAGCCGACCAUCGACUGCUGUCUGCGUCUAGGACAGGUUUUACCCCAUGAAAACAACUGGAACCAGUGGGUCCAGUUCGCACAACAUGAGAACAAACAGUAAGGACUGGAGUUAAAACUGAUUCUAAUUCUUUAGUACCACGCUGUAGUGAAACGUUUUUAGGCCAUAGACAUAACGUUGUGCAACUGAAAAUGUUUUGCAACAAAAAAAUUGAAAGUUUUUGAAAGUAUUGUGAAAAAUGAAAGUUAGUCCCUGUCCGUUUCGUUCCCUAUGAUUCUGUUUGGUUCCAUUGAGUUGUUAGUGGAUACACACCAGGACUGCUAGGGGACGGGAGUUUUACUUGAUCAGGAUUAAUAGGCCCAGGAGUUAAAACAACAAGUUUCUUCAGUGGUUAACCCAAAGGUCUUUCGUUCUGACUCUUAUCGGACAGCAAGAUUAGAUUUUAGCUUAAAAAAAUGUUUCGUUUCAGUUGUAGUGACACAGAUCUCUGGGAAUUAGUUUCACAUCUUAGACGUCCUUUCGUCGGGGAAAACCUGUUGUGGUUUCAUUUCAGUUUCGUGAUUCUUUUCUUGAAAGUGUGAUGUAAUAAAAAUUCUAAUUGUGAAA